UUUUAGCACCAGAGACGGUAAGGAGGAGCUUGUUGCUGCUGUGCUGAAAAAAUGUGUUACUUGUCUUGUGUCCUGCCAAGAGUGGGGUGGCCUGCAGAGCAUAUGUGGUGACCCCAAGAUUUGGCCCAACAGUUGGAGGUAUGGAUCAGUCUCCAAGAUUGCAGUUCUUCUUUCAAAGGAAAACUUAAUUUCACUGGUCUGUGUGGGAAUGUGUCCAGGAUUCUCUUGUAGAUGAAGGGAGUUUCUACUCAUUCCUGUGCUGAUGUAGUCCCCCGUGCGUUGCUGGCCUAGAGCUUGUGAGAAAAAGAGACAAACCAAGGAGCGAUGGCAUUGGUUCUGUCACCUCUUGCUAAAGGUCGAUGUGGUCAUUGUAGAAGUAGUCUUACCUGCUCUACUGAGGCAAGGAUUGAGAGGUGGCCAGCACAAGCAGACGAGCUGUUGUAGGAUAGGAUAGUUAAGUUGGAAGAGACCUACAGCAAUCAUCUCAUCUAACUGCCAGCUUGUAGCUUGAUGGAGUUUGGGACCCUUUGUGAGACAGCAGAGGAUCACUCUUGGAUCUCGAUGCAAAGCUUUGUGUGCGUUCCAGGUUCGUGAACCUGGGCUGUAAGUGUCAGACUUCUCUAGCAGAAAUGAGGAUACAGCCAGGAAAACUUUGGCAAGGACUCCUCAGUUUUCCCAUGCUUCUCAGGAGUGUCCUUCAUUUAUUGCUUUUCCAUCUCCUAUAGUUUUGGUAUGGCUGAGCAAAAAGCUUGUCUGGAGAGGAGUCUGUUUGUUGCUAACCAUUAUUUUCUCCAUCUGUACCCAUCUCUUGCCAACACUUCUUAGCCUUUCCUCUCACAGUCUUAGGUUUUCUACUCUGCAGGAUUGUUUUCUGCUGCCUUACACUUCAUUGGGCCUGUUAGUAAUGACAUGGCCUGGCGUGAUGCUCCGCUUCAUGAAGUUCAGUAUGUUGUCCUGUAAAGAACAGUCUGUCCUUAGUUAUUUUUUUUUCUUGUUCAAAGAUUUAGAUAUUUCCUGAGGAGUCUGCAGAAGCUGGAAGAUUAGGAAUGACGGUCCCCUUCCACGGAAGCAGAUCAAGCAGGGUCUCUAACAGAAGGAGAAGACCUCCUGACCCUGUUCUCGCUACCAGAAGCAUUGGUGGAGAGACCCUAGGUGUCUGGAAGGCUGUUUGCCAUGGGAAAAACUCUUGUGAUUUACUGUGGAGUGGCGGGAUUCUGGAUUAACAGGGCAGAAGCAGAAGAUUGGGAAACUGGUGGUGGUGAUGUAUAAUGGCAGUCGUUAUCUUACGGCUGAGCCCUGCUUUAGAAGGCUGCUUUGUGUUUGGCGUCUCACCAGGUCCAGCUCACUUACCCGUUGUUUCUGUUGUGCACUGGCAUAAGAUACCUGUCUUUCCUCCCCUUCUCUGUGCCCAGGAGUUGCAAACGUGGCUUCCUUGUAUGUGUGAGAUGAGGCAGCACUGGUUAAAUGUUGGAGGGUGAAAGUUAAGUCCUAAUGCUGAACCUGAGCUAACAGUUUGAUGUCAUAUCCUGCUCCCAGCUGCGUAUCUCCCUAAACCGGCUUGGUUUGCUGAGCUGUCAAGGUGGCAUUGCGGCAGAGGGAUAGAAAUCUCUGUCUGAACAGAGCCUACCUGCGUGCUGAGGUCAGUCCUGCUCCAAGAUGGUGGCUUAAAGUACGAGAAGUACUGUGUGUAGCUCUGAGUCUUGCUGUUUUCCUUGAGAAUUUGUGGGAUCAUGAAAUGGAGGCUGUGGCUCCCCUGACCUGGGGUGACAGCACCUAGAAGGAAAGAAACAAGCCCUGGAGAGAAUUUCCUCAUUCUUCUCUCCUGUCCCACCCUGUUUGUUUUCUUAUGCGGUAGGCUACUGCAGAGUACAAAAUCCUCCUUGUGUGUGUGUGGCCCUGGUAACAGUGCAGCAUCGAGGCAGGUGCACCAUGAGGUUUGUGCCCUUCAGGUGUGCAAAUGCUCCAAAGUACCUGAGCCUGCUGCAGCUACAGUCUGUUCCAGAUCCCCUCUCCAGGCACGCUCAGGGAUCUACUCCAAUGCCUCUUUCUCUCUGUGCAGAGCAGGCAGCAGUCAAGAGAUCAAGUCACCCAUUCAGACAAAAAUACCUGCUGCUGAAGUGCUGGGUUUGUACAAGACUAAACUUAUUUAAAGAAUUUGCAAUAAUAGAAACUUCUGUGUGAGAAUUUUUUCUUCAGAAGACGAUGUGAAGUUUGUGUGUCUCGGCAGAGGAUUCCUUUCCCAAGGGACUGACUGGUAUUCCCAGGUUGCUUUCUCUCCUGUUGCUGUUUCCACCUGGUGACUUCUCAUUUCGCGCCAGAAAUUGUCCCUGGUUCCAUCCCAAGUUGUGCUGGGGUGCCGAGUGCAGAAGCCAUGUCCACAUCUAACCAUGAGGGUCCCACUUUUCUACGUGCCUUUUUGAAUAUCUCUGUAGUAAAGAUGUCUCACAAUCACCACAUGAACAGCUCCAUGCUGCAAACCACGCAUCCUCCUGAACAUGACCACACAAUGGCAGCCCCAGGACAUGGUCAUGGAUCUGGCAUGAUGAUGAUGGCAAUGACUUUCUACUUCAGCUAUGAGAAUGUGCCAUUGCUGUUUUCUGGACUUACAAUCAAUACUCCUGGAGAAAUGGCUGGUGCUUUUGUGGCGGUCUUCUUCCUGGCCAUGUUUUAUGAAGGCCUUAAGAUUGCCCGAGAGUGUCUGCUCCGUAAAUCCCAAGUCAGCAUUCGCUACAACUCCAUGCCGGUGCCAGGUCCCAAUGGCACUAUCUUGAUGGAGACGCACAAAACUGUUGGGCAGCAGAUGCUGAGCUUCCCUCACCUCCUGCAGACUGUACUGCACAUCAUUCAAGUUGUGGUCAGUUACUUCCUCAUGCUGAUCUUCAUGACGUACAACGGAUACCUCUGCAUAGCUGUGGCGGCAGGGGCAGGGACGGGCUAUUUCUUCUUCAGCUGGAAAAAGGCAGUUGUUGUGGAUAUCACGGAGCACUGCCAUUAACGCUGGAUGCUGCCCAGAAGCCUCUCCACCCCACUGCUCUGUUGACGUGGAGCCAUCAUGAGGACUGGAUCGUUCCUAAGCUGAAAGAGAAACAAUAUAAAGAAAAUCAACUGGAGGUCACCACAAGUUCCUAGCUGGGGUGUAGGGAUGUGAGGAGCUGGGGUAUGCUGCUCCCCUUGCUGAAGGCUGGCAGGGUUGACUCUUGAGGGUCCCAUGGUAGCCAUUCUUGGCUAGGAUUUGCUUUAUUCUUAGAUUAUGCCGUGAUUGAAAUUAGUUGGCUGACAGAAAUGUAGAAAUUAUUCUUUAAAAAAACAAAAUCAAAACAUUUUAUUUUUAAAUUUAAAUGCUCAUCUGUGAGGGUUUUAUGAACCAUCGGUAAAGAUCAAAGUUGCCAAUGGAGCCUACGUGUGUGAAUGGCUAUUUUAAUUUUACUCUUUUCAAUAUGUACAUAAUGCCAGAGGAGGAGGAGAUCUCCCUGGCAUUGUGGCUUUUGGGGCCAAUGACACCUUCUGUUGCAGAAGGACUCAGCCUCUGAGGGAGACUUGGUGCUGCACAUCAGACACGCUCAGGUGUGUCCUGGCAAGGGAGUGCUUUGAUGUAAGCUUGUGACUCAGGCUUCAGGGGGGCUGAAUGAGUCUGUCCUCCACGCCCAUCAGAGCACAAUGAGUGCUGUUAAUUUUCAGAUGUAUCCAGUAGCUUUGCUGAGCUUCAAGUGAUAGCAUUUGGAUUUGGCUGCUUUCACUUCCCAAUCAUGGACAUAUACGGAGUAGACGCAGGACAACAAUUGCCUCUUUACAGGGCAAAAAGAUUUUAAAUAACCAUCGAACCUGCAUUUACUUGCAUCUGGGUGGAUCCAGAGCUAGGCUUCUGGUUUACUGAAACUACUUCUGUAAAUGAGGCAAGAGCUAAGUAACGAUUUCACGACACUAAAGGUUAAAAUGUCUGAAGAGGGCAUUCCCUGAAGUAAGUAAAACAAACCGUGUUCCUGUAAAGGAAAGAUCUGGGGAAAAGAAUAAAGAAAAUAUAGGACUACAGCAGCCUUCGGUCUCUUCUCCGGUGAAAUUUGGAGCAGCUUGGGCGAUCAAAAAGUAUUCCUGACCCAGAUGGCUCCUCUUUGUCUUAAUAAUCAUGCUGUGACCAAGUGUAGCUUGGAGGUGCAGGAGUUAUCAGAGCCAAUGGUGAACAAGUGUUGUGGUGCAGUAAAGAACUUCCCGUUCUAUGCCUUUCCUAGGCAAGACAGGCUGUGACACAGGUGCUCUGGGGUUUGUAGGCAGCAGUUUUGGUGUAGCACUUCAUUAUUAAACUGCUUCUUGUUGUAGGGAAUGUUGUGCAGAGCAUGGUGCGAAGCUGGAGUCUUCGUUCUACUCGGGGUGCCUGGUUUGUGCCAGUAACAGGCUGAAAGGGACAACAGUGGGAUUUUCAGAAGGGCACCGAAAACCAGGCACUGCUUUCAGACUGGGGCUGGCAUCUGGCGUGUGCCACGAGAACAGGGAAUCUUUCAAAGCGAAAGUAUCUGGGCCUGUGCAGCAGCAGUUUUUUCUCCGAAGAUGCUACUAGCUGCACUGUUAGCAGUAGCUACGCAAGGAAAGCUGAUCUUUGAAGAGGAAUUACAUUUCUGUAGCCCAUAAGCCUUACAGGGCGAGGCCCGUCCCUGCGUAUGCGGGUGCUUCACUGUGUUCAUGCUCCUACAGCAGCACAGAGCCCACCCUCGCCCUACCACCCUCUUUGAAAAGCAGCGGGAAAUCUGUUCCUGCUGCUACCGGGAUCUUGAAUUGCACCACUGAAGCCAACUGUCCUGGGUUGAUGCCAGGUAUUUAUUUGGACAUCGUGUUUUCUUUGGGCAGUGCAAGUGCAGAACAAAAGGAGAUGAGUUAAAAGCAGGCUCAGGCUUCUGAAGAGCUGCAAGUUUGCAUCUGGAUGAAAGAGGCAAAGUUAUUUUCAUGGAAAAAUUCUAGCCACCUCCUGAUGAGAGGCAGGAAAAGCUCUUCGCCAGUCUGGUCUUUGAAGGCAGUUAUGUCUGUAACAGACUGCAGAAGGACCUACCGAUGCCCUCUCUCUGCACCUAUCAUGAAGGUGCAAACUGAAAAUCCCCUAUGCUCUCUAAGCAAUCCUGCCUCUGUGAGAGCAGAAAACAGACCCUUCCGGUCCCCAUGGGAGAGCUGUGAGGAACUGAAGGGCUUGUCAGAGAAGACUGAAGCAGUGAAGUGCUGGAGAUGGUUGUUUAUAUUUUGAAUGGUUUACACUGCAGGGGCUUGAUCCCUGAAGGAGUUCAGAGCCGACGUUGCCAACACAGCUCAGGUUGGUUUCUCUUUAAGGAGAUGGAGUCAUUGCCAUUGCGGGGAUGUCCGAUUGUAGGGUAUAGUCAUGAGUGGCUUUGCAUGAUGACACUAGUUCCUUCAUAAACGUUUUGCUGUGUCUUUCUCUAAAAUAGAACCUCUGCUUGGCCUGAUAUUGCUCUUGCCUUUUAGCCACCUUUCCUUGUAUUCAAGUGACCAGACUUGAAUUGUCCAAUUCAGGUGGCAGAGAUGAAUGACUUGGAGAUUAGCCAAAAGCAGUGGCUCUUACAAUAUAAAUUUGGUUCUCUCGUUAGCUUUUUUGCCUCAUUCUACAUGUAGCACCUGUGCCCUUGAAGUUGUUUCCCCCCUGAGGAUGAGUACCUCUGCCUCCAAAGGGUCAUCUCCUGUCCUUGCUCACACAGGGGAGGACACACAGCUUUCUCCAGGGCGCAGAGAGGGAAGGGACGCUGACCUGGGGAGUGGGAACCUGGGCAGAAGUCUCCCAAGCCUCUGGCAAGUGCCCCAGCUACCUUCCAGCAGCCUGUAAGAACGAUGGUUUGAGCAUCGGGCAGUUCCCCAGUUAGAAAUUGGGAGCCCAGGCUGGGCUCUGAGGGGGUGUGCACAAGGGAAGAUCUGAAGAGAAGGUGGUUCAGGAAAGAAGAUGGAGGGCUGCGUCCUCUCUGCGGCUGAGCUUGCCGAUAGAGCAAGGCACGGCUGAGAGGGGACGUUUCCAGACUGUGUCUCCCUGCCAGCUUUGGCCGUGCUUUCUUGUGGUUCGAUGUUGACAAUCCAGAGAAGCCACCUACCUUCCUGUGUCCCAGCCUCCCCCUGGUCCACCAGAAGCCACUGGCUGACACGUUCUUGGCCCAGGUUGCUGUUGGCUUUGCCAGAGUCUGGGCAAAACCUGGCCUCCCUACUGCUGACUCCUGCUGACUGCUCUUGGUGCAGUCCCAGCCUUUCUGCUGGGAUUUCAGGUUGUCCUGAUAACACUAAACUUGCAUUAAGCAGCGCUUGGAGGGAGGUGAAGACUCGAAUGAUUACAAGACUUGAGUAAAUGAAAUUUGUAUGUCAAUGCACGUGUCGCACACUUGGAACGUGAUGUCCUGCAUCUGCCUCUCUACCCUGAUGUUUGUUCUCCACACGCUGUGCCUCUGGAUUAUCAUCCUGGAAGAAGUGUACAAACUACCCGGGCUGUGUUCAUCAGCCGGCUUUUGUUGUUUUUCUUUGAGUGCCUUUUCAGUUUGUCUGGAGCCAGUCCCACCAAAUCCAGCAGGAUUUCUAGUUUUGUUUACAGUGGACUGUCCUUUUUGUUUUUACUCUUGCUCUUCGUGGAGGUAACUUGUAUAAUGUAACUGUGAAUAUCAAGAAUCUCCUGUAUA